UGCCACAUCCCUUCAUUCCAUUUGCCGUUUUAGUCACUAACGUACGGAUAAACUUCCAACUCACAAACGUGUUUAGUCAUCGAUUAGCAUUGAUAAAUAUUGCUAGUCCUCUUCAACGAUUUCCUCUUCAUCCUCAUGUGGAACUUGAGUUCCGAGCAAUAUGAAAUGGGAUUGGAAUGGUCAGCUGAUGCCCUAGUUGACUCUGGCUUCGAUCAAACUUUUCCGGUAGUGUUCAGCGAACUGCAAGCUAAUGGAAGUUGACGACAAAAAAUGUCCAUUUUGUUACAUGAGGAUCCUUCUCCGGCUCAAAGUCAAGGACAUCAGUUCCUAGCGGCUGGGCUGAUCUCCUGUUUGGCUUCAGCAAGUAUUGGAACCGUCCUGGGAUUCAGUGCAAUUCUUUUGCCGCAACUCGAAAGCGAGAAAGUCGUCUUGGCCAAUUCUUCUGAAGCUUCUUGGAUAGCUAGCCUCAGCAACAUUGGGCAACUUUUGGGUGCCUUGCUCACAGGAUGGGUGGCCAACCAAUUCGGGCGUAAGCGAGCGAUAAUGCUCCUCUGUCUUCCAUUAGCAUUCGGAUGGACCAUUGUGGGUCUUUCUCGAGGAUCGGUCCACUGGAUCUGUAUUGGAAGAGUAUGUCAGGGCAUUGGUAUCAUGUCCUCGGUCACUCAAGUCUAUCUCAUUGAAAUUGCUGACGUCAACAACAGAAGCUUGUUUGGAGCAAGUGGAGCACUCUCUGUAAGUGCGGGCAUAACUUUCGUCUACAUUCUUGGUGCAAUAUGCCAUUGGACGUGUGUGUGUGGUGUGUGUGGCGGCUUGGUCAUCCUCGUUUUCUUGAGCAUGCUCGGACUUCCAGAGACGCCCAAUUGGCUGGCAUUACAAGGACAGAAGGAAAAAGCCAAAGAGGUUCUGGAAUGGUUACAUGGAAAGGGUAACUCCAAUAUCCAGUCAGAACUGGAAGCUCUUCAGCCGAAUGCGUCAGAAAGCCUUCUUGAUGAGGAGCAGCCUUCAAUUGGAUCGAGGAAUGAACCGAACAAACUCUGGCGCGAGUUCAAAAAGCCAGAAGGACAUCGGCCUUUCCUUCUCCUCAUCUGCAUUUUCUUUCUCCAGCAAUCAACGGGGAGCUUUGCUGUUAUUUUCUAUGCAGUGACCAUAUUCCAAGAUAUCGGAGUGGCCUCUAACCCGUAUUUGGCGGCCAUUCUCACUGGUUGCAUUCGUUUGCUUGGCACACUACUGGGCACCCUAUUAGCCAAACGAUAUUCAGGAAAAUGGCUUAUGUUCACCUCGGCACUUGUUAUGGCAUUAGGUAUGUUCCUAUUGGGCCUGAAUAUUCUAGGGAUUGAAAAGAUGACCACUCCUGAAGCUAAUUUCUUAACCAUUAACACACUCCAUGAAAACCAUUUGAACGUGACUUUCGACGCGGAAACGCCAACCCAAGGUCUUUUUGACGACUCCUCGCAAAAUGGUUCCAUUCUCAGCGAGGAACGAAUUAAAUGGUUGACAAAACUUUUGCUCGUUCUACCCAUUGUGGAGAUUGUGCUUUACAUGCUAGCCUUUGGAGUUGGGGUUGGAACGGUGCCUUGGCUUCUUUUGGGUGAGCUCUGUCCAGGCAGCAUCAAAGGCCUGACUUCGGGUCUGACAGUCUUUGUGGCCUAUGGCACGAUUUUUGUGGUGGUGAAGCUCUUUCCUAGCAUGAUUUCGGUCUUAGGUCAACCCUACACUUAUUGGGUAUUUGGUAUGAUUUGUUUAGUGACAGCGUUAUUUACUGUUGGGUUCGUGCCCGACACGAAGGGCCGGACUUUUCAACAGAUUGAGGCCCAAUUCCGAGACCCAAUUUCCGAAGCUUUUGAAAGCACUCAAGGAAGCGAGCAAAUGGCAUCCAAUCGCAACGUAUCAUCGAUGUGAUUGUUCAAAGAACUGGUUGAAUUGUAUCGUGAUUGAUUACCUUAGUUAUUUGGAACUCUUGGUGCAUUUCGAGCAAAAAUUGAAAAGCCAUUGUGUUUAUUCUCCAAGGAAUUUUGCCCUUAAAUACGAAAACUCGUUUGUAAAUUCAAAGUGCAAUUCAAAGUCUCUUUUAAACAGGGUUGACAAUUUGAAUCUCUGAAUAGACUGAGUAGGUGUCAAUGUAAAACUUUCGCAUCAUCCUGACUGCUUUCGUUCCAAAGAGUCAAACUUGCUCCACCCAUGAAAUUUCGUUUCCAUUAAGGUUCCAUUUUUUGCAAUUGUGGCCUUUGAUUUAGAUGCGUAAAGGCGAUUCAGAUUCGUUCUUGCAAUCGUCAACUUCAAAACUCCAUUGGAUGAACUGAGUACUGUACGGAUGAACCCUAAAAGGAAUUUGUAUGUUUGCGGGUGAUGGGAGAUAAUGCAAUUCUGAGAAUAACUUUAGUACAUACUCAUGAUUUGUUUUCAAUCAAAGAUCCCAACGCAACCCCUUCGAUUAUUAUAUUUGUCUUAAUACAAAGGGUAAGAUAUCAAAAUUGUGUCCAUCCUUUUCCAAUCUAAUGAAUGGUUCGUGUUUAAGUCAACGUUCAAAAUAUAUUCUACUCCGGUGUUAUGCUCAG